GGGCUGCGGGCCCCGGAGGCCGUGCGGGGCCAGGCUGGGCCCCGCUGACCGACAUGCUGACCUUCUUCCUUGUGUCGGGAGGCUCCCUUUGGCUAUUUGCGGAGUUUGUCCUCUCACUUCUGGAGAAGAUGCAGACCCAGGAGAUCCUGAGGAUACUGCGGCUGCCCGAGCUGGGUGACUUGGGCCAGUUUUUCCGCAGCCUCUCAGCCACCACCCUUGUGAGUAUGGGUGCGUUGGCUGCCAUCCUUGCCUACUGGCUCACUCACCGGCCGAAGGCCUUGCAACCGCCAUGCAACCUGCUGAUGCAGUCAGAAGAGGUGGAGGACAGUGGUGGGGCCCGGCGAUCUGUGAUAGGGGAUGGCCCCCAGUUGCUUACCCACUACUACGAUGAUGCCCGGACCAUGUACCAGGUGUUCCGCCGUGGGCUUAGCAUCACAGGGAACGGGCCCUGCCUUGGUUUUAGGAAGCCCAACCAGCCUUACCAGUGGCUAUCCUACCAGGAGGUGGCCAACAGGGCUGAAUUCCUGGGGUCUGGACUUCUCCAGCACAACUGUAAAGCACAUACAGAUCAGUUUAUUGGUGUUUUUGCACAAAAUCGACCAGAGUGGAUCAUUGCAGAGCUGGCCUGCUACACGUAUUCCAUGGUGGUGGUACCACUGUAUGACACUCUGGGCCCUGGGGCUAUCCAUUACAUCAUCAAUACAGCGGACAUUAGCACCGUGAUUGUGGACAAGCCACAGAAGGCCAUGCUUCUGCUAGAGCAUGUGGAGAAGAAGGAGACUCCAGGGCUCAAGCUGAUCAUCCUCAUGGAGCCAUUCGAGGAAGCCCUAACUGAGAGGGGGCAGAAGUGCGGGGUGGUCAUCAAGUCCAUGCAGGCUGUGGAGGACUGUGGCCAAGAAAAUCACCAUGCUCCUGUGCCCCCUCAGCCUGAUGAUCUCUCUAUUGUGUGUUUCACCAGCGGCACCACAGGGAACCCCAAAGGUGCGAUGCUCACCCAUGGGAACGUGGUGGCUGAUUUCUCAGGCUUUCUGAAAGUGACAGAGAAAGUGAUCUUUCCGAGACAGGACGAUGUGCUCGUCUCCUUCCUGCCUUUGGCUCACAUGUUUGAGAGAGUGAUCCAGUCUGUUGUCUACUGCCAUGGAGGGCGAGUUGGCUUCUUCCAGGGGGACAUCCGCCUCCUCUCAGAUGACAUGAAGGCUCUGCGACCUACCAUCUUCCCCGUGGUCCCAAGACUGCUGAACCGGAUGUAUGAUAAGAUCUUCUGCCAGGCAGACACUCCAAUAAAGCGCUGGCUCCUGGAAUUUGCAGCAAAGCGCAAGCAAGCUGAGGUCCGGAGUGGAAUCAUCAGGAAUAACAGUAUCUGGGAUGAACUCUUCUUUAAUAAGAUUCAGGGCAGUCUUGGAGGGCGAGUGCGGAUGAUUGUUACUGGAGCGGCCCCUGCAUCACCAACAGUCCUGGGAUUCCUCAGGGCAGCUCUGGGAUGCCAGGUGUAUGAAGGUUAUGGCCAAACCGAGUGCACAGCUGGAUGUACCUUCACGACGCCUGGGGACUGGACCUCAGGGCACGUGGGGGCUCCUCUGCCCUGCAAUCAUAUCAAGCUUGUGGACGUGGAGGAGCUGAACUACUGGACCUGCAAAGGAGAGGGGGAGAUAUGUGUGAGAGGACCAAAUGUGUUCAAAGGCUACCUAAAAGAUGAGGACAGGACAAAGGAGGCUCUGGAUAGCGACGGCUGGCUUCACACUGGAGACAUUGGAAAAUGGCUCCCGGCCUUUUUGGUGGGCAUUGUAGUGCCUGAUCCUGAAGUCAUGCCCUCCUGGGCCCAGAAGAGAGGAAUUGAAGGGCCAUUUGCAGAGCUCUGUAUGAAUAAGGAGCUGAAGAAAGCCAUUUUGGAUGAUAUGGUGAGGUUAGGAAAAGAAAGUGGACUCCAUUCUUUUGAACAGGUUAAAGCCAUUCACAUCCAUUGUGACAUGUUCUCAGUUCAAAAUGGCCUGCUGACACCAACACUAAAGGCUAAGAGACCAGAGCUGAGAGAGUACUUCAGAAAACAAAUAGAAGAGCUUUACUCCAUCUCCAUGUGAAGCUCAAGGAAAGUUCUCGGUGUGACGGGCUGGGCAGCAACAUCACAGUAAUUCUUGAAAGUCAUAAGUCAAAUGACACAGCUGGAAAUGAAUAUGCAUCUGAUUUUUUGAUCGAGCCUUUCCCUGUCCCAAGAGGUCUUUAACAAUAUUUUCUCUAUCAUCACCAAGUACACUUUAUUUUUAUUAAAAUGAUAUUGUAGCAAGCUGCUAAAAAUACCACAAAUGGCAAUGUGAAAAUCAAGAACUGUGUACCACUAAAAGUAAUAUAUUCUCAAUGUUCACAGAAUUCCUAUUAAACACAAAGGAGAAAAAACACGACUGAUACAUUGUACUUAAUUAUUUGUGGAAUAACACACUACAGUGAAUAUCUAGACAAUGUGGACUACCUCAUUCAAUAACUGAUUGUCAAAAUCACAGUUAAAUCAGAUUUAAAAAUGAAAAGGUGUACAGAAUCACAAUAAAACAAAACAUAACUCACAUUCUACUUGACUUCAGAUUCCUUAACCAUAACAAUCCUGAUUAAUGAGAAAAAGUCUUCUCUCUGAGUUUUACUUUUAUUCAUGAAAAAUGUAAAUUCAGAUAUUCCUAAAACAAAUGUUAUAUUUGUAUAGCAACUUACAAAGAUCUUUCAGUAUGUUUUCUCAUAUAAAGUUCAUUGAAAUCUUCAGGA